AGAUAGAAUAAAGUUAAAUUUAAAAAGCCUUAUUUUUCUUUAAAAGCUUAAAAAAUAUGGAUAUAAAGGUAGGAAAAUCUUUCAAAUUAACAAAAAAAUUAGGAGAAGGAGCUUUUGGCUAAAUAUUUCAUGGAAUAAAUUUAAAAAAUAAUGUUGAAGUUGCAAUAAAGUUAGAGCCUGUAAAUACGAAACAUCCCUAAUUAUUUUACGAAGUAAAGGUUUAUUAAUAUUUAUUACAAGAAGAUGGUAUUAUGGAUAAAGGAAUUCCUCAAGUUUAUUAUUGUUCAACAGAAGGAGAAUAUAAUAUAAUGGUAAUGGAUUUGCUAGGGCCUUCUUUAGAAGAUUUGUUUAAUUUUUGCAAUAGAAAAUUUGGUUUAAAAACAGUUUUAAUGAUUGCAGAAUAAACGCUUUAAAGAGUAGAAUUCGUCCAUUCUCGUUUUUUCCUUCAUAGAGAUAUUAAACCUGAUAAUUUUGCUAUUGGAUAAGGUAAAAGAGCUAACAAAAUAUUUAUGAUUGAUUUUGGAUUGGCAAAAAAAUAUUAGUAGAAAGAUGGAACGCAUAUUCCUUAUAGAGAUAACAAAAAUUUAACCGGAACUGCAAGAUAUGCAAGUAUUAAUACACAUUUAGGAAUCGAAUAAGGAAGAAGAGAUGAUUUAGAAGCUAUUGGUUAUGUGUUGAUGUAUUUCUUAAGAGGAAUUUUACCAUGGUAAAACUUAAAAGCAAAUAAUAAAAAAGAUAAAUAUGAAAGAAUUAUGGAAAAAAAACUUUCAACCCCAAUUGAAGUUUUAUGCAAAGGAUUUCCUGAUGAGUUUGCUUAAUUUUUAGUUUAUACAAGAAACCUUAGAUUUGAUGAAAAACCUGAUUAUAAUUAUUGUUAAUAAUUGUUUAAAGAUAGAUUUGCUAAAGAAGGUUUUGAAAGAGACAAUGUUUUUGAUUGGAAUAUCGUUGCUAAAGAAAAGAAAAAAGAUAAUAAUGGAUAAUAAGGAACUAGUGAUGAUAAAGUUUAUAAAUUUUUCUAAAUUUGA